UGUGCUGACUCAUGCUGAGUUAGUUACUGUGAAGUGCAGAGCAGAGGGAGUUAAAUGAAAAGCAAUCUGCAGUUAGCAGGCAUUGCAGUCCUGCACCAGAUAGGGAGCAGUAAGAUUUUUGAAGUCUUAGAAACUGCAUCUUCUUUCAGAAGGAUGGUAACUCUGAGGAAAGUUAUCAAAACUGUACUCAGCAUUGAGCAGGCGGAAGGGGUUGGGGCACGUGUUCGGAGAAGCAUUGGCAGGCCUGAGUUAAAAAAUGUCGAUCCUUUUUUGUUGCUUGAUGAAUUCAAAGGAGGUAAACCAGCUGGCUUUCCUGAUCAUCCCCAUCGGGGUUUUGAGACGCUGCUGGAUUUCAUAGUUAAUAGCUUCACCCGGUGGAUCACUUCAUGAGGCCCCAGCCAUUGGGCGAGCAGUUUUGACUCCUCAGAGGGGAGUAACAGAAGAACCUUGUCCCCUGGUUCAAAGGCCAUUUCCUGGCUCCCUGGUUGUAUGCCUGCUCCUGUGACUUCUGUGUGUUGUGAAGAUUCUUGCAUACUAAGCCCCCUACCUUUUCAAGUUGGGUGCAGUCAGAGGAUGUACUGCAGGGGAGACCUUAUAAUGGGGAAGGUGCCUGCUCCCAGCUCUCACACACCAGGUGCAGGACUCCCUGUGGCUGCCUCCCAUAAAGCAGCUCAAAUGCAGAAAACUUGGUUGAUGAUUGGUGAACUUCCCAGAUUGUGAGUAGCAGAAGUCUCUCAGGGAAAAUCUCCAAAGCAUGCCCUUGAGGGUUCUGUUUAAAUGUUUGACUAAGCCAUCCAUCUGAGAGUGAUAAACGGACGUCUGAAUCAUCUCAGUGCCCAACAGGUUGCGGACUUGCUUAAGCAACUUUGAUGUGACAUUUGUGCCCUGGUCUGUCCAGAUUUCUUGCGGGAGGUCCACCUGAGCAAAGACCUUGAAUAUCUCCACAGCAAUGGUCUGAACUGUGAUAUUAUGGAGGGGGAUUGCUUCAGGGAAGUGGGUAGCAGAGUCCAGGAUCACCAAAAUGUAUCUGAAACUCCUCUUGAGGGGUUCCACCAGUUCCACGGUUAUCCUCUCAAAGAGUACCCCCACCAUGCAUGGUGGGAGUAGUGUGGCUUUCAGUGCUUACUGUGGAGUGAUAAGCUGGGAGUCUGGAGAGAAGCUGCAAAAGUCUUUGACUUCCCAGUGAAUUCCUGGACAAAAAUAAUGGGCCAAAUUUUGGCCCAAUGUCUUUUCAUGGCCCAGUGCCCAGCAGCAGGGACAUCAUGAAUGAACCUCACGACAGCUCGCUUGUGGCACCAGGGCACAAGCAACUGAGUCUGGGCCUCUUGACUUUGCGGGUCACAGUCAACCCAGUAUAGGCAGUCCUCUUUUAGCUCAAACUGGGGGUACUCUGUUGCUGAUCAAGGCUCUGUGACCCUUCCAUUUAUGCUGGCCAGUUGCUUGUGCGCUCAACUGAGCUUAGAGUCUUCUCACUAGUUUUGGCCAAAGUUGGCUCCCAAGUUUGGUGGAUCCUCCCCAUGUUGAUGAACAGGGUCUGCCUUCUCAUCAGGGCUGUCAAGCUUGGUGUCCUGGGCUCCCUCAAAGUCAGUGUUGGGAUUACUAUAUGUCUCCCUCAUUUCCUCGAGGGGGUCCCCCCUCAAACAUGGGAUCUGGUUUGUCUGGCUCAGGGUCUGUAGUGUGUAGAACCCUUGUGAAUCCCUUACAAUCACAGCUGCGGAUGACUGUGUAGGCUAGGCCUACCAUCGUGAUUCUGAUCUCGCUGUCCACGAUCACCCGAGUGCUGGGGUAGGGCUUCACAUCCCUGUCAAUACACUGUAAUUGGAUGACUCCUCUCUGUGGAUUUGGGGUGGUGAUGAAGUCUUGCCAAGUGACUUUGACUACAUCCCAAGUCUAUGAGUAUGGGGACCCAUACCCUGUUAAUCUCCAUGGGAACCAUCAGUUUGCCAGAGGUCUGUUUUCGAGCUUGAGCCUCUCCAGUCCAGCCUUGCCUAAAGUUGCAGUCCAUUACCGGGCAUUCUCUUGAAGCCCCUAUAGAGUCCCAUUGCCCCUGCAUCUGGAACUCUCCCAACGAGCCUACACUGAGCCCCUCUGGUGCACCUGGCCCAGAGGGGCAGAAUCCCAGGGUGUUACUGGGACAGGCUAUGUGCUAUAUUAGGGUCAGGUGCAGCCUCACUGCUGAGUCUGUGUCCCGGGGGUGGGGGGCUGCAGGGUGAUCUCCCACCUUCAU